UUUUUAAGUUACGUAAUAAACUAUACAAUCGAUUCGUAUAUUGUACGCGUAAUAGCUAUGGUACCUAUAUAUCUGUACUUUACUGACCACCCAUUUAAUCGGAACGGCGCAUAAUUCACGGACGUCGGGUGGUUUGAAACGCAGAGUUUGCAGGUCAAUUUGGUGUACCUACCUACGGUUAAGAUUUGAAUGUACAAACAAUAAUGAUUAAUGGCCGAUAACAGGUUUAAAAAUAUUAUGUUGGACUGGUGUAAUCGUUUUAUAUCAUAAUAUAUAUUAUUAUUUAUAAUAUCAUAUUAAAACAUAUAUUAUAUGGAGUGUAACGUGCAUUUAACAAUGAAAACAACAGCCCGGUAUUUAUCGAAGAAAAAAAUUUUAUUUAAAAGAAUAUUGACCUCAAAAGUCAAGUCGACUAUUGACCGGUAUAAAAAAUGUCGAUUUUGGUUGACCAAGGGUUUGUUGCGCGUCGCAAACAAUUGGAAAGAGACUGCGCCGUCGGCGAGAGGACGAACUGCAACAACAGCAGGGAUCGACGGUAUGUUUCUCGGAUUGGACGAAAACAGAGACUUGUUGGUAAAACGUCUGAAUGCCGGCCAAGAUUUAUACCCCAAUUGUGAUACGUCGGUUUGGCUAAGAAACUGUACUCGUGACAUCCCGACUCCGGUCCAAGGGACAAUCAAAGGUAAGAUACCGGAAUGGUUAUCAGGGUCGCUGCUACGAAACGGUCCGGGGAGUACACAAGUGGGAAGUUAUGAGUUUAAACACAUAUUUGACAGCUCGGCUUUACUACACAGGUUUGCAUUCAAAAAUGGAACAAUAUCAUAUCAGUGUAGAUUUUUGGAGUCAAACACAUAUAAAAAAAAUAAAGCAGCCCAAAGAAUUGUCAUUACCGAAUUUGGAACCAGGGCGUGUCCCGAUCCUUGUAAUACAAUUUUCCACAGGUUUUCUAAUGUAUUUAAAUGGGGAGACAAUCAAUCAGACAAUGCGAUGAUAUCUAUUUACCCAAUCGGCGAUGAGUAUUUUGCAUUUACCGAGUAUCCAACAAUGAUCAAAAUUGAUCCUACAACUCUCGAAACACUUACAACUAUAGACAUUGGUUGUCUGACCGGUAUUGUUCAUCAUACUGCUCACCCACAUGUGGCAGCCGAUGGUGCCGUUUUCAAUUUAGCGACAGUUCCAAAAAUUGAUGGACCUCAUUAUUGCGUGGUUAAAUUUCCUCGGGUUGAUUCAGAAACUGGAUACCGGUAUUCGACGGACGAAAUGUUUGGGCGAAUGUGCAUCGUGGCUACCAUCAAGUGUCGGUGGCCCCUACAUCCUGGGUAUAUGCAUUCUUUCGGGAUGACGGAACAUUAUUUCGUCGUAGUCGAACAGCCCUUAAGCAUUUCAUUGUCCACUGCCGUGGUUAACAGAUUCAAAGGAGAUCCGCUGUCUAGUGCACUAAAAUGGUUUCAGGACUGCCCCACUCUAAUUCACUUGAUUUCACGAUCUGAUGGCAAAACGGUGAAGACAUUUAAAUCGGAUGCGUUCUUUUAUCUCCACAUAAUAAAUCAGUACGAAGAAGACGAUCACAUAGUGAUCGAUAUUUGUUGUUACCGAGAUCCGUCCAUGAUCGACUGCAUGUUCGUCGAAGCAUUACAAAAUCUCAACAAAAACCCAGAUUAUGCAGCCAUGUUUCGCAGCAGGCCUUUGAGAUUCGUGUUGCCAGUUAACUGCGACAAUCCUAUAAGUGGCGAUGUCGAAAACGACCACUUGUAUGUUUCCCCCGAAAAGCUAUGCGAUUUGGGUUGUGAAACACCCAGGAUUAAUGAAUUCAAUAUUGGGAAAAAAUACAGGUUUUUUUAUGCAAUAUCAUCCGAUGUUGACGCUGAAAACCCUGGAACGCUCAUUAAAGUGGAUACGUACAAUAAAACUUGUAAAACAUGGUGUGAACAGAACGUAUACCCUAGCGAACCAAUUUUUGUUUCUUUACCAGACGCCGAAGAUGAAGACGACGGUGUAGUUUUAUCGUCAAUCAUUUGGGGUGGAUCGGAGUGUGAAAACCAAGCUGGAGUAAUAGUUUUGGACGCGAAGAGUUGGACAGAGAUAGGGCGAGCUGUUUUUGUCACUCAGUCACCAGUUCCUAAAUGCUUACAUGGUUGGUAUGCUGCUGCUCUAUAAAAAAAAACUUGUCAUCGAAAGUACAAUCAUAACAAAUAUAUAGUUAUUUUUGACAAUUUUAUUAUUAUUGAUCAUCAUAAUAGAUUUUGAAAUUAUAAUACCUACCUAUUAUAAUAAUAUAUUGUAUUCUAUACUUGCAUAUUAUAAUAUUAAAUGUGCUUUACAAUGAGUUUUGAAACCAAUGGAAUUAUUAUAGUACCUAUAAGCCACAAAGGGUAUAUUUUCAUCCUAAGACUUAUUAUAAUCUCUUAUAAAUAAACAUCUAGUCAUUCUAUUACUUCUAUCAUUGAUUAUAUAAAUCAUGGUUUAUAUAUAGAAUAAUGAAUAAAAAAUUGUUAAUAAUUUGAACAUAAUUUUAAUUUGAUAUAGGUAAUCAAUCAUAUACCUAUAUAAUUGUAAAUAUACAUAAAUAUGUAACCCAAAAAAAUUUUUUAAAAAAAUAAAGUAGGUAUCUUUGUGGUGUGACGUUUUUUCUGCUUUUAGGGUAAACUUGUAUGUGAUUCUCGAGAAAUUUAAAUAUUUACUUCGAUGUAUAAAUGUAAUGAUAUUUUCUAUAAAAAAAUGUUGGUAACCGUAGGAAAAAUAUAUUAACUGUGUAACAUAUGACUUAUAUUAUAAUGUAAAAAAUGUAUAACCAUGUGUAAAAUAUUUUAUAAAUUAAACCAGACAUUAUUAUCAAAUGUUAUCGUCAACCAUGACCUCCUGUUUAGAACAAAUAUAUAGCACAUAAGCUAUCAGACCAUUUGCGGUCAAUGUAUUUUUCUUUUCAUUAGCGAUCAAUUAUUUAAAAUGACUUAAAUAUUUUUACGAUAACGUAUAUUUACGUAUACGAAAUUAUAAGUGCUAUAAUAUAGUAUAUGAGCUCAUUAUAUUACUAUAAUGAUGAAUGAAUGAUGUUGAUAAAUUGGUAGACGAUAACUAAAUAACACGUGGAAAAUAUUCACUGACAUAAUUAAUUGUACAACACAAUUUUGUUCUAACCCAGCAGAUUAUUUGUUUUAUUGAACCAUUUGUAAUGUUUGUGGACUGGAUUUUUUCCUUAAAUCAGCCACUGUGACUUCCUCUAACCUGGGAGACCCCCCUCCCUCCACAAACAUAGAUUUAGCCAAUGCUGGGCACUAACUAUUUUUAAAGUUAGAAGUUAAUUAAUUAAUUAAUUAGUUAAUUAAUUUAAUAUCAUAAAAAUUAAAAAUAUUUUGUU